CAAUGUUCAUUUCACGUUUGUAAAUUAUCUAGUUUCUAACCGUUAUUUGACCCAAGAAGUCGCGUUUUUUAUAUUUUUUUACUAUGUGAAGUUCUUUCUCUAUUGAAGCAGUUAAAGAUAAAUACAGAUUGAGCAAUGGCGGUGUUACAUUACGUGCGAAUGUUCGCCUACACCGCCACCAUCGUUGUGCAUGUCACUAACAUCGCCUACAUGAUAGCUGCCCACGACCUGAAGACUCACGAAGACGAGAACGUGAGGAUCUUCGGGUCACUGCAGUUCCGGUACUUCACUUGCUGGAACUUUUUCCUACAAAUAGUGUUCGCCAUCACGGGUCUGACCUCCGACUACCUUGAACUGAAGAACCAGAAGAACAAAACCUACGCCGUCCCGAGGUACCUGCGGGGGUUCCGGGAAACGCUGUUCUCUGGUGUUUUGUGGCCUUCGACCUUUUUGGUGUUCACGCUGUUCUGGACUCUAUUCCUAUACGACAGAGAGCUGAUAUUACCACCAUUCGUCGACAAGGUGCUUACCCGCACGUCAAACCACAUCAUCCAUACGUUCAUAGUUCCAGUUGUUCUGUGGGAGAUUGUUUUUAGAUCACGAAAUGUCCCGAAGAAUCAUAGGAAGAAUAUCCUUCAUUUGGUGUUCCAUAUGAUGCUGUACUUGAGUGUACUGCUGUACACAUACUACGAACGAGGAAUAUGGAUCUACCCAAUAUUCAAAAUUCUGUACAAAACCAUAUACUUCCCGGUACUAAUACUAAUCAUAGUAUUUGCGUGUCUUGGCUUCUAUCACAUGCAGUGGAUUGUAGUUAGAAUUCUGUGGAAUAAGGAGACAAGCAAGAGAAAAACUAAAAAGAUUUCAUGAUUUUUGUAAAUGAAUUAAAAUAUUGAUGUAUUGUUCCCUUCCUAUAAGUUAUAUUGUGAUGAGGUUGUGUAUUAGCUGUCUUGAAUUUGACAGAAAGACGGCCUUGUCAACCGACUUCGAAAAAAAGGAGGAGGUCUGUAUUUUGUUUGUAUUUUUUAAUGUAAGUAUGUUUACCGACAUUGUUUGUCAUCGAGCUAUGAAAACCUCACAACUUACUUUACAAGUCUUGCAAGUACAUGUGGUUAAGGAUAUUAUUACGUUUAUCAAUAUACUAUAUUAUUAUGUAGUAUUCAAAGUAGUGUAAGUAAGAAAGUAGUACCUACAAUCAAUUUGAAUCACAUGCUAUUAUCACAAAAUCACUGAUGUGAACUUGCCUUCCUAAUAAAUAAGUAAGUAAAAUAUA